AUGGAUUCAAAUAAUAUUUCAUCAUCAAAUAUGGGUGAUGGAAACCAUGGAGAAUUUAUUCAUCAUUCAAGUCAAUCAUCUCAAAAUACAAUCACAGCAUUUUUAGCAAAAUUAUGGGCACUUGUUAAUGAUGCAUCAUGUGAUGAUCUUAUUAGUUGGGAUCCAUCGGGUGGUUCAUUUCAUGUAUAUGAUCAAGCAAGAUUUUCACGUGAAAUUUUACCAAGAUAUUUUAAACAUAAUAAUUUUGCAUCUUUUAUACGUCAAUUAAAUAUGUAUGGUUUUCGAAAAAUAUCUAAUAUUGAACAUGGUUCAUUGAAAAACGAACGAGAUGAUAUUGAAUUUGCACAUGCACAUUUUAUUCGAGGACAAGAAUCACUUUUAGAAUUAAUUAAAAGACGUGCACCAGAGACCCAACAAAGAUCUAACACACAAGGAGGUAUCAAUCCAUCAUCUGCGCUUGUUGCUACGGAUUAUCUUGAUUCUAAAUCAGGUCGUUCGAUGGAAUAUUUACAUUUACUUGAUGAUGUACGAAGUUUACAAACCAAACAAACAUCAUUAAGUGAUAAACUUUCAUAUAUGCAAACUGAAAAUCAAGCACUAUGGACUGAAAUUGGUUCAUUAAGACAAAAACAUUCGAAACAACAACAAAUCGUUUCGAAAUUAAUGGAAUUUCUUUUACAUUUUAUCUCAACGAAUUCACAACAUUCUCAUGAUGAGUCAGUUGAACAACAAACAUCUAAUGAUGUUCCAAUAACUGAUGUAAAUCAUCCACAAAAAGGACAAGGUCAACAUCAAAUAAAUAAUUCUUCAUUAGUAGCAAAUGAUCAAGGUUUAUCACCAAAUACUCUUAAACGUAAACAUUCUGCACUUAUGCAUGGUGAUGAAUCAAAUAAACGAACACCUAUGCAACAACAACAACAACAACAACAGCAACAAUUUUCACAUCCACCUAAUCUUGGUAGACAACAAAGUGUAACAAUCAAUGAAUUAGCAGAUAAUGAUACAACUGUAUGGCAUCAUACAACGAAUACACCCCCAUUAAUUGAUUUUGUUCCAUCACCACCACAGUCAACACAUAGUACAGAUGAUAACUAUCAACAACAACCACAUGAUUAUCGAUGGACAACUUCAUCAAAUGAACUUAUUAAUCCUAAUGUACAUGAUCAAAAAAAUAAUAACUUUCAAGCAGUUGGCAACGGAGAUAAAACUGGAAAUGCUUAUGUACCUGAUUUUUUCUUACGAACUGAUAAUACGAACGACACAAAUUCAAAUAUUGGACAAGCAAAUGGAGGAAAAUCAAUAGGCCUUAAAACGUCUAGUAUAAAUCCAACCCAACAAGUUCAACUUCCACCAAUAUUAAAACAAGAAUUAAUUGAACUUCCAAAUAAUAAUCCGAUUGUAAAUCGUGGUCAAUCACCAACAUUAUAUUCACAAAAUCAACAACAACAUAAAAUAGGUGAAACAAAUAGUCAACUUAGUUUCAACCUUGAUGAUAUAACAGGUGAUGUUGAUCAUAUUCAAUCAUCACUUGAUAAUAUUCGUGAUUUAAUGUUCGAUAAUUUACCGGAUGGUACAUCAAUUGACGAUUUAUUUGGAGCAGAUAAUGAAUUACUUUUACCACUAUUACAGGCAGUAUCAACUGAUGGUCAAACACCAAAUUUACUUUUAGAAAAUAUCAACGAUCAAAAUUUAACAACAGGUGAGAAUCAACCUGAAAAUCUUUCAACAACAACAAAUUCGCAAUCUGUUCCUAAUGUCAGCAAUCAUUUACUUGAACAAUUAAUAUCAGAAACAGCUAAACUUGAAGAACAACAAAAUGCAAUCAAUCAAUUAGUACGUGACAAAUCUGAUUUACAAGAUAAAAUUCAUAUUCUCGAACAACAAAAUACAAUCAGUCAAUUGGAACGUGAAAAAUCCGAUUUAGAAGAUAAAGUUCAUAUUCUCGAACAACAAACAGCAAAACGACAAUAA